AUGGAAUUAAAUAUGGCUGACACUAAGUACGACGAUAGACGUGGCGGUCGUGGUGGAGGUCGUGGAGGUAGCCGGGGAAGCCGCGGUGGAGGUAGAGGUGGUUCUCGAGGAGGAAGAUCGAGUGAUCGGUCCCAGGAGAGAGGAAGCAGUCGCUUCGGUAGCAGCAGCCGUGGCAGGGACAGCAGCCGAGGAGGACGAGAUAGCAGUCGAGGUUUUGGAGGACGCGGCGGCAGAGAUGAUUUCCGCGGAAGUUUUAAUAAGAAUGACCAACCUGGUGGUAACCUUAGGAAAAUUCGCUGGGACACAAUUACGCUAACUCCGUUCCAGAAAAACUUCUAUGUGCCUCACCAGAACGUCCAGUCGCGCAGUCAAGCGGAAAUAGAAGCAUAUCGUAGCCAAAACCAGAUUACAGUGAAAGGACGUGAUGUUCCCGCCCCAAGCAUGUAUUUUGAAGAGGGUGGCUUCCCAGACUAUGCUAUGAAAGAAAUAUUGAAACAAGGGUUUCCCCACCCAACUCCUAUUCAAGCUCAAGGUUGGCCUAUUGCAUUAUCGGGAAGAGAUUUAGUAGGAAUUGCUCAAACAGGUUCUGGAAAAACCUUGGCUUACAUAUUGCCUGCUAUUGUACAUAUCAUAAAUCAGCCUCGCCUACUAAGGGAUGAAGGCCCCAUUGUUUUGGUUUUGGCUCCAACUAGAGAACUGGCUCAACAGAUUCAACAGGUGGCUAAUGAUUUCGGCCAGAGCGUCCAAGUCCGCAACACUUGCAUAUUCGGUGGUGCGCCUAAGGGCCCGCAGGGUCGGUGCCUCGAGCGUGGGGUUGAGAUUGUCAUCGCGACACCAGGACGACUAAUUGAUUUCUUGGAGAGAGAAACAACAAAUCUCCGUCGGUGCACAUAUCUGGUGCUCGAUGAGGCUGACCGGAUGCUGGACAUGGGUUUUGAGCCUCAGAUUCGUAAGAUUAUCGAGCAGAUUCGACCGGACAGACAGGUUCUUAUGUGGUCAGCUACCUGGCCUAAAGAAGUGCAAAACCUAGCUGAGGAGUUCCUCCAUGACUACAUCCAGAUUAACAUUGGUUCUCUGAGCCUGUCUGCUAACCACAACAUCCUGCAGAUUGUGGACGUGUGUGAGGAGUGGGAGAAGAACGACAAACUCAUCACAUUGCUGACUGAGAUAUCCUCUGAGGAAGAGACAAAAACCAUCAUAUUUGCUGAGACUAAAAGAAGGGUUGAUGAAAUAACGAAAGCAAUCAACCGCGCUGGAUGGCGCGCACUUGCCAUUCACGGCGACAAGAACCAGCAAGACAGGGACUAUGUCCUCAACCAGUUCCGUAUGUCAAACGGAGGCAUUCUCGUCGCCACCGACGUGGCAGCCCGCGGCCUUGAUGUGGAAGACGUGAAGUUUGUGAUAAACUAUGAUUAUCCAAACAACUCUGAGGACUAUGUGCAUCGUAUCGGUCGCACGGGCCGCUCCCACAACACCGGUACUGCUUAUACCCUCUUCACACCCAAUAACUCUGCUAAGGCUAAGGAUCUGAUGUGUGUCUUACAAGAAGCUAAUCAAGUGGUCAACCCCAAACUCAUGGAAAUGGCGCAGUGCGGUAUGGGCUUCAAGGGCAAAUUUGGACGUAACCGUUACCGUGACAGAGACGAUAGCCAGGGUCGGUUCGGCGGCAGGGGGCGCGGCCGCGGUGGACGAGACGGAGGCCGAGGCGGGAGGGGACGCUUCGGAGGGGAGAGGAACUCCAGAUGGGACGACUCGAAUAACGAUUACGACAACAACCAGGGAUCGUACAACACUCGUUCAAACUACAGCCGAGAUAGUAGUAGAGACAACUUUAGACAGGAUAACGGGUUCCGCGGCAGAGGGCGCGGCCGCGGCGGCAGUGACGCGCAGUCGUUCCAGAGCCAGUCCGGCGGCGGGUACAACAACUUCAACCAGUCGCAACAAUCCUUCAACGUGCCGCCGCCCACCAGCUACUACAACAUGUACGCGCAGCCCCCGCCGCCGCCCGCCACCAAGUUCCCCGCGAAAUAGAUACUUUAGUUAGACUAAGAUCGACUGGAUGUGAUGUGAAAUGAUGUUCAUAGGGUUACUUGUGGGUGUUCCACAUUUUUUCAUUGAUUUAUGUAAUGUGAUGUCUGAUGAUUAUAGAAAACAUUAUAGUUACAUUGUAUAAAUCAUUGAUAUGCACCCUUAGCUUGUAGGUUUGAAAUGAUAACACCAAAUGGUCCCUCCUAAUUGCUAACUUAUGAGAACGACUAGCUUCGUUUCACUUGCGUCUAGUUGUAAUAUUGAAAUAGGUUUAUUUAAGUUUUUGUGAAAGUGAUGGCUUGGAAUCAAACCUAUAAGGUUAUUACUUUAUUAGAGUCAGAUCAUAUCGUAUUUUAUAGCAGGCAACUGAUUGUAUACGUUUUCAAGUGUUACAUAAGCAAAGGCCUUAUUUACAUGUAUUAUAUUUUUAUUUUGAAUGCAAAUAAUUAAGUUACGAUUUUCUAGAUCUUCAAAAUUGCAAUGUUUUCCCUUGUUGCAUGUUAUUCUCGUUAUAAACCAAUAGGUACAGGAAUUUAUGCAGUUUGAAACAUGUGUGCCACUUUAUAGUGUCUUAAAUAUAUAGAAAGUAAAAUCUUAUCUAGUUGCACUAAUUACAAUUUCCAAAUAUGUAACAUUCCUAUCUUGUUUUUCAACUCUCACCAGCAUUGUGCCGAUGAUUUAUUUACUAUUUGCAGAGA